UCUUUUUUUUUUUUUUCCCACACAGCCUCCAUCCCCACCCUCUCCAGCUUGGGCGUGUUGCGUGCUGCUUUGCUGCGUGUCUUGCGUUGCUUGUUCUGCCCUCCAUUCCCAGGUCGCUGGGGCACACCGGCUUGGCCACCCCAUCCUUACUCUACUCCCUCUCCCCAUCACCCGUCGUCCCGUCCCAUCUGGACUGGACCGACCCCCAGACACACCGCCGCCGGGACUACACGACACGUGCUGGGGGACCAUGAGAUGGUGCUAACACUUGGUCCCCGACGAUCCCCGGGGUAACUCGACAUGUCCGCCCAAGACGGAGCGCAACCACUGAGUAGGCUACCCGACAUUGAGGAGGACAGGCCCUUCUCGUCGUUGUUUGGGGGCGCCUUUGACAUGGCCACCGUCGAGUCGACAGCCCAGCUCGCCGACAGCAGCAUCUUCAUCACGCCCUCGGGCAGCCGCUUCCGUUUCGAGCGCCUUGCCGACCUUGUCCCUGUCUCGGCGCGCGAGAAACCCCAGUCGUCGACCCUGAAAUUGCCGCCGCCGCCACCGCGCGAGAAACCACAACAGCCCCCGUCGCCGCCGCCCGAGGCCCCUGUGCCAAUCGUCAUUCCCGCGACGGCGCCCCCGAAGCCCCCGCCGACGGCGCCAGCGACCAACUUCAUCCAAUUACACACCCGCCCUCCACAGCUGCCUCGACCCCGACUCGAUCGACGUCCCAACGCCGCCUUCCCGACCCAGCCCGCCGCCGCCGUCUCCUCAUCCCCGCCCGCGUCGUCCCCUCGGUUGUCGAUUGGCUCCGUCAUUUCGCAGCGCCUCGGCGCGCUGGGUGUUGGCCGGAGCGCCAGCAGGAGGGACUCCAACACACAGCACGCCCUUGCUGACCCCAGCCCGACAGCCAUGGCCGAGGCGCUCAGUCUCGGAGACCAGGGCUUCGCAGCCUCGGCACUUUACUUUCACUCGGACGGGGGCGUGCAGGCCGCCGAAACCCUGACGGACUCGGAGUCGGCCGACAGGCUAGCACUCGGGUCUAAUACGCCAGAUACUUACGCUGGCAGCUCCCCGCACCCACACUCGAGCACUUACCACGGAUUCUCCGACUACCAGGAGUCGCCGGCCUUCGGCAGCCUCCCCUCAGCCUCGGGCUCCGACCCGCGUCUGCGGCACCCGAGCUUGUUGCAUCGCGCAAGCACCACCAGCCGCACACAUUCUCGGGCGUCUACCGCCAGUGACCUCGCCGGCCCCGAGUUCACGAGUCUAGACCCCUUCUCACCUCCAGCGUACGCACAAGAUGCGCCCCCGGCCGUACAGUCUCGGCAACAGCACGGCGCUGGCUUCCCCCGAGGCAGCUUCCAGUCGACCCCGGAGAAGCCGACAGCGCCAACGUCACCGCGUAGCCAGUCCCUACCCUCGCUGAUGGAGUAUUCGAUAGUGCAUACACCACCACCACACCCCCCAGACGGCUCAUCUCCGCACCCUUCGAUAGCCGGCAGCAGCGCGGCCGCGACGGCCAUUGCUCACACCCCCGACAUCGGAGGGGACUCGGACCGCGCACACACGUAUUUCUACGAUACCCAGACCCCCGUCUUCGUGCGAGUCCACUCCCCAGGCCCGCGCCCGCCGCGGUCGUCGUCCUCAUCGGUUCCGACGUCGAGCGAGGCGGCACCCUCGUCGCCCCGGGCCACGGUCGCGGCUACCGACACCAGUUCCACCACCGGGAGUCGGGACCGCGACAACGUGCUGCCGGGUGAGGAGGUGCUCUAUGAUGGCGCUGUCGGGAGUGGGCACGCGCUCUCGGGACCCUUUGAGGACGGCCGCCUUAAAGUGUUUCGCAACGGCCUCUCGCGCGACCUCAGGUUCUACUGCAAGCUGGGCAACAACAGCGAGACGCUGUGGAUGAAGGGCGCAAAGGCGCGCCUGGUGCCCCUGUACGGCUACGACCAGCGGUCGCUCACGGUGCAGAUCCGGGACGGCGACAGCGAUCUGGAGGUGCGGCAGCGGCAGCAUCCGCACCAGCAGCAGUACGAGGCGGUACCCAACGGCCCCAUCGCCAUGUACCAGUUCGCGGCGCUCAAGGACCUGUUUGCGUUCCAGAGCCAGCUGACGGGCGAGCAGGUGGUGCUCGACAUCUCGAGCGUCAAGUGGAUCAGGCUGGCAAAGGCCGGCAGCCGCUCCGUCGAGAUGUACUCGAACGUGCGGCUGCAGAUCUGGCACGAGCCCAGGUCGGGCAAGGCGGCCCAGUCGGACGUGGCCUCGUUCGUCACGGCCGGCACGGCGCUCUCGGGCCCGCUGAGGGAGAGGGUGAUACCGAACUCGUCGAGGCUCAUGAUCUUUCUCAGCAGGUCGGAGCAGUAUAUUACGUCUUUUAUCACGGACGAUAUAGAAAUGGAGGCAAAAGGCCACACUUCUGCGAGUCUGAAACCUCGAAAAUAUGGCGGCGGCUUUCUCGACAGGCGGAGCUCAAGACCUGCUGGAAUAAGGGCACGCCUCGAGAAGAAAUCCGGCUCAGAACCCGCCGACUUGUCUAUACCCGGCGAGCCGUACAACCCGGAUGUUGAGCAGACGUUUGACUUGUACAAAACAUUCGAGAUUGAGUUUGAAAGCUCUCCCAGCCAAAUCAAUUUCGUGCAGGCUUGGAACGAGGUAAUAGAAGCACGGCGGAAACAGCGGGCCAGGCUAGCCCAGAUACAAGAGGACAUGACCCGGCACACAUUUUCGUCAAGAGCGGCGCUGGACAUCUGGGCAUGACCCAGGGGAAAGCAGGGCGCGGGGAGAUAUGAUUUGCUUACUGGCGGUUAUCUUGGGGACUUGGGUCAUUUUCUUUUGGGGUAUAUUUGAAAGCGAGGCGCGUCUGUCAUGAUUCCCAUGGGAUUUUUUUUUGUUUCUUGGCCCUUCGUUGGCCUUAUCACGCGACAUAUUGGCAUGCCAUUUUUGUGCUUAGAUUAUUGGAUAGCGAUCAAGCCACCUACGUACUAUUACAAGGGGGUUUACCUGGGGCUAUUAGACGUCCCUGUCUGCUUCUCGGUUGUAGUAAAACCUUCCUGUCCG